AUAAUACCCGCGCUCUCGGUCCAGCGCGGGCAGAAGGUGCCAGACACGGACUGAGAAAGAGGCGCAGGGAGCCCAGGUGGAGCAGGCACAUCCCUCGCCCCGGUUCUCUUCUGCAGGGAGGAAAGCGCGCCAGUGCAGCCCAUCCGCCACAGAAGCGAAGAAGAGCCAAAAUGCCACAAGCAAGAUUGCGCAUGAGACCUUGGCUGGAGAAACAAAUCAAUUCGAAUAGAUUUGAUGGACUUGUGUGGCUUAAUAAGGAGCAGAAGUUGUUCCAGAUCCCAUGGAAACAUGCAGCUAAGCAUGGUUGGGACUUGGAGAAAGAUGCUUCCCUUUUCAAAAGUUGGGCCAUCCAUACUGGGAGAUACAAAGAAGGUGAUGUUCAGCCAGACCCUAAAACAUGGAAAGCAAAUUUCCGCUGUGCCAUGAAUUCAUUGCCUGAUAUUGAAGAGGUGAAGGACAAAAGUAUUAGCAAAGGUUCCAGUGCUGUUCGUGUUUACAGGAUGCUGGAAACCUCAGCUAAAACACAGAAAAAAGAAAAGAAGUCAAAGUCCCUAAGAGCCAAAAGUGUAAAAAGGUCAGUGGAAGAAGAUAUCAAGGAGGAAGAGACAGUUGAAGCAACAAACAGCAUCCAGCUACCAGAUGAUCACAGUGGUUAUGUUCUUUCCAGUUACUCAUCACCAGAAAUGGAAGUGGGGAGCACAUUAGAUCUUGCUACAUGUGACUUAACCAAUACUGACUGGAGGACUCACUCAAUGGAGAUGCAGUUACCUGACAGCACAAAUGACAUCUACCCACUUCAAGUGUCACCUAUUCCAUCCUCCUCUGAUGUAACUGAUGAAGAUGACGACCACUUUCCUCAAGAGUUUUACCCGCAACUCUUUAACAACUCCAAUUGGCACCAGACAUGUGUUGGAGAGAAAGGAUUCCUACUUAAUGAAACUGGCAUGCAAAACCUAUCCUUUGAUUUUACUUUUCAAGACCCAGAUGCUGCCAUCGAUGCAACAAACACAGAAUUACUUCAGAUUGAGUUUUCCAUGUUGGAUUCACUACGACUUACCGCCGUACCUUGUUAGGACGUGAACUUCAUUUCACCUAUCAUUGCAUUAUUUCCAAUGCUACCUGUGGAACAGGAAAGAAGUGUUGAAAACUGAACUGUCAACAAAUGUGGUUGUGAGGAAAGCUAUCCUUAUGGUCACACUGUGUGCAUUUCUGUCAUUUGACAUCCAAUAUACGUGAGACUGUCUUAAAUGUCGACUCUCAACAGUCAGAAUACAUGAAAAGUUGCCUCAUACCUGUAACAAGUCAGUACAUAUUUUAGUCACAUCUAUGGCUUAUGCUUGCCAUUACUAUGUAAAAUAGCAGAAGACUUUUUAAAAGUUUAACAUAUUUUAUGUCAUAGCAAGAUUUUGUGUUCAACAAAAUAAUUUAACAGGGAGCUUUGCUGUCCAGGUGUAUAAAUAUGUCUAUGUUGAAUUGUGAAAAAUCAGAUCCAGUUUGCUCCCUAUAUUAGAUAUCCAGAUAUUCCCGAUUAUCUGAAUUCCUGGCUUCAUUAUGACAUUUUUCAGAUCACCUGUCCUUUCAGGUGAACAAUAUAUCUGACAUUCCUUCAGUACUAAAUGGUAGAAUCCCAUGGUUAAUUUACAUUUACAAGAGAGAUCUGAGUGGAUUUUUGAGAGUCUUUAGAAUAGGCAUUAAAGUGCACUUUGUGGGGUUUCAAGAUACAGGAAAGUAUUUUGAUAAAGCAUCAGAAUGCUCAGUUGAACCUUGAGUUGCUUUUCCCCUUGUACAUAUGUCAAGUGUAUAUAAAGUUUACAAUUGUUGUAAUAAAGUAUUUUAUAUGUUUUAAA